UGUAAAUAGCAGUUAAGAAAGGCAACGCUACGUUGUUUGCACGUUUUGGUGGAUACCGUGUCGUAAAAGACGAAUUAUAGGCAAGUUAGCUAAGCUAGAAACGAGAGUACAAAAAGAUUGAGGCAGUUUAGCUCGAGCGGGUCGCGAGACCGACGCUUCACAGUCACUGACAGAAAUGAGAUAGUAAAUAACAUUUUUAGUCAAGCAGAAAUAACUACAGUAACGGCAGGUCUUGAGUGCAGAGGUAAACGUGAGCGUUUCGUGUUGCUCAUUUAACUUGAAGGGAAUGAGGAGGAGGGCUGAAAUGUACCGUUAUUUGUGGCAGAAAUAACUGCUAUUAUGUGAAGACUCAUUCAGACGUUGCUGUAGCUGUCGGUGGAAGGCCACGGGGAGUUUUGAAAAAGACCCUUACUAUUCCUCCAAGCCAUCAAUAAACUCCCUUUUUAGUGAAAGACCUGUAACAAGCCACCAAUCCUCCAAGUCUGAAUUUCGUUCUGCUUUCUGCUGAGAUUUUGUCUUCAAUACAGAGGCACUGACAGCUUCAUCACUGCUGUACCCAAUCUAUUUCUUGAUUUCUACUUCAUUUGCAACGCUCCAGUCUCACAUAAGUGGACUUGUAGCAAGCCUAGUGCUCGCCCAUUGACGUGGCACAGGCCUGGUACAAUUAGUACUCGACGGACUUGAGAAAUCCAUCUCCAACAAGGCCAUCACGAUUUACAACUCACUGCACGAUCCCACUCGAAACUAACCUCAGGCUUGUUACUAUUCAAAUUAUGCUUCUGCUCCUUGGCCCAACUCUGUUUCUACCAGCCCCUCUCUGAAUCUCCAGAAGCGGUGCAGUUAAACAUUGCACUACUGAAAGCUCUUCUGCUGUUUUAGUCUAAAUCCACGCUUGUUGGACUGGGAGCAAGUGCUUCUGAAAGCGUUAAAAGUGCUCUUGAGCCAUGUGUGUCCUGUGGGCAGUGUUUACAGUUGGCAUAGUCCACAGGAUGGGUGGACAGUAGGGGACAGCGAGACAGUGGACUCAUGUCAUGGAAGGGUUUGUUGCAGUCGCAGUACAUACAGAGGGCUUGAAUGGUUUUCCACAAGAAUGUAAACAGACAGAGGAUCUAACAAAUGGGCACUCCAAAUGCACAACUAUCCUAAAUGGACUGACUCCAGGUAAUGGCAUCAAAGACAAUGGCAACUUGAAUGGCAACCCUUAUCUCAAAACUCUCCCAAUCUCAGCGCUGAAACAGAAUGGGCUCUUACAGUCUCUGGCAGCAGGAGGGAAUCAGACUAAAACAGAAGAGGUGAGCUUGGAGGUGGAGCGAGCACAAGAGGAGUGGGAUGCCCUGGAGAGCAUCCAACCAGUUCUUGCAGAGGAUCUCACUCCAUCACCACUGAUCUCCUUCAAUGAGGCUCUGCAGCAUUUUCAGACCACUGAUCUUGGAGACCUGCUUAAGAGCAUUCAGCCCACCAUUCGCAGGACUGGAUUGGCCGCCAUCACCCAUUUCCUGUUCGGUCCUCCUCGGCUACACAAAGACCUUGUAGAGGAGAGAGACUUAGUGUUUGCCAUUGCACAGUGUUCUCUGGAUAAUGGCCAGUCAGUUCACAUGCGUGUACUCCAGACCAUCUACAGGAAAUUGACCUGUACCCGAGCUGACUGCCCUCGCUAUGGACCACACUGGGAGAACGUGGGCUUUCAAGGUUCAGACCCUGCUACAGAUCUAAGGGGAACUGGUUUUCUGAGUCUCAUGCACACUCUCUACUUCGUCAUGGACCCAGAGAUACUUCCACUUGCUAGAGAAAUCUACAAACUCUCUCAGCAUCCAGUCCAGAAUUUUCCGUUCUGUGUGAUGUCAAUCAACAUGACGCGAAUCGCCCUGCAUGCUCUCAGGGAGGAAGUGCUGUCCAAGGAGUGUAACCGAAGGCAACAGGUCGUGGCAGUGCUGAAUGAUUUUUAUGUUGCAACAUUCCUGCACCUCUACCAGCUGUGGAAGAGCCAGCAGAAAACCAUUUCUGACUCUGGCCAUGUACUCAAAGAAGUGGAGCUCUUCGCUAAGAAGAACCCCAAGCAGUUUCUCAAACGUCUCGAGGGCUACCUGAAGGAGAGACGUGCUGGGACAGGACACCGAACAUCACCCGACACACUAUCACAUAGCAACCCUUCACCUGGUGACACUGGGUCUCAAGCAGGGAGUCAGGGCGGCAAGGAGGGGAAAGAGAUGAACUUCACUGGAGUGUGUGAGCUGCCACCUGAGAUGGAGGGCGAGGCGAGACUCAUCUGAGAGACAGAGAGGCAUUCGAUUUGUACAGUCUCGACUAUCUCGUGCUCUGACUUUGCUGUUCUCUCUAUUUCUUCGUUUCCUUUCUGUCCUUUCAUGCUUAAGUACACUCAGAGACAAGUCUAUGUUGUAACUGUAGUUGCUAAAAAGUAUGAAACUCUUUGCUGUCUUUUUUUCUGCUAGAGUACCUAUUGGCUCUUCUAUGAAAGAUUAGAUUUAGUUGCCAAGUUUAAAAGGAGAAUCUCAGAAUUACCGCCUCAGUGGCAGGUUGUCUUGAAGCUGUCAGGAAGAAAGAGACUGUUUACAGGCCUCAUGAGUGUGCAGUUGCAGAGGAGAGGGCUGCGGAAGCCAGCAAGCACCUUACCCAUUACUGUGGUAUUGAGUGAGAGUGACUUCCUGUGUAUGUUGGCCUGACUGUUUAGGCAUGUAUUUGAUUGAGACUAGUCUAGUGAAAGCUUUGUGAUCCUCGUGGUCAUUUGAACAUGUUCAUUGUGACCGAGUCAAUGUUCAAGAAAGUGGGCAGAGUUUAUAUUGAUGUUAGCUCUUUACUCUUCACUGUUGAAAAAUGGAAUGAGGUAUCAAAACAUUGGAUGGAAAUAGCCUCAAUAGGCCAAAGCUUUUUUUAUUUUUUUAUUUUGUCCCUUUAGAGAGAUAAAUGUCACAGUAUGAUUCAGAGAUUGUCUGACAUGUUUCUGUUGGCAGAAACUCUUCAACAAGAGCAUGAAAUUGUAAAGUGAGGGCGUUUUUUUUAUGGGAAAGUGCAUUUUAGUGACCUGUAGACCAAAAUGUAUGGAUGUUUGAGUAUAUACUUUGCAGUUCAGUUACAAGGCUAACAUUGACACUUGCAGACUUGAAUUAUCAGCUAAAUUUAUUUAAGUGUUUGAGCUAAACUUAGGGCAGUAAUCAAAGUUAAAUGUGAUAUUUGGAGAUGUUGUUAUGCUUGUCUGCAUGAAGCAAAUCCUACAUGUUUCCUCUAAUGAUAGCAGGUACAUUCCAGUUUUAAGUAGUCAUAACGUGACUUUGAACGUGUUGAUGUGCUGUGGACGAGAGUGAGAAUGAUCCUACGCUGUUAAACUUUUACUGGAUAAUUUCUGGUAUCUCGGACGAGCCCCCAAUAUAUGUUGUGAAACCCUAUAAUGCCAGAAAUAGUACUAAAAAAAUUGUUAUUGGUUACUUGUUAGGGCAUUUCUCAUGCGUUACAGCAUUCUCAAGAUGUCUUCUAUCUUAUCCUGAGAGAAUAGAUGGUGUAUGUUAAACUGUUGUUUAAUAGUGAUUAGAUUGUUACAGCUCCCUGAAGCACUUUUAGCAAUGAAAGUGUGUAAACUUGUUAAGAAGACAUGGCUUAAAUAAAACAUUAGCCAGGACGCUGCAGCUCAUUUAAGCUGUAUGUUAUACGUAACCUAACAAAUGUUUCCUUCAGAGUUGCAUGAGACACGUUGAAAACUUACAUAGCAAAAAGUCAAUCACUCUAGUGAACUUCUUGCAUCAAACAUACAGCCUUCAAAUAGACAUGUGAGACCUAUUUAUAGUGUAGUCAAGUACACCCUGAGACUUGUUGAUUUGAACAUAAAAAAACGUAGAAUACUUUAUGUGCUGUCGAGCCCCAUCAGGCUAAUGCAGAAAAUAGUUGAGAAUUUGAUGUAUUUUUGUCAUUUGCGUCUUGUUCUCCCUAGUCCAGGUCCAAUAAAGAUGUGAGGGUUGCAACAUUCAUGUAAAUUGACAGUGACGUACUGUACAUUUGGAAAAAACUUGAUGGGGAAAGUCUUUCCCUCCCUUUGCAACCCGAUUCUGCACUCUCGUCUUGUUAGCAUGUCAGGUAGCGCUAGAGAUGUAGCAUCCAGGAAUCGUUGUUUUAAAUUCCUUGUUAAAAAAGCUUGUUAUUCUAACUCGGUAUGGUUGCAUAUGUCUGUCUAAGUUACCUAGUCCAAAGUGUUGUUGUACAGUAUGAGUACAGUGCGUUCUGUAUGUUUCAGGUUUAAUUUUACGCUCUAAUUUUAUUCUUUUGUAGUUUUUAUUUUUCUUAAAUGACACAUGAAUAUAAAUACUCAGUGGAUGUAUAUUAGAAGUCCUGUCACUUUAGCCAGUUUAAUUUUAUAUAAAGCAGAGUAGUAUUUUAUAAACUUGAAUAAGAUUAAAGCAUGAUGGAAAACGAAUGUUUAUAUACAAAGGCAAAUCACCCUUUCCUGGGUUAUUUACUAGUUUGGCUGGUUUGUAUUAGUUUAGAUAAGCAGGUUCAACACUUUCGUAAUCCGUCUAUAUAUCCAAGUGAAUUUAGUGCAGUUCAGCGCUGUUGUAAACUCCACGGCAAGCAUUAAUGUGUUUCAUACCCAGCGUUUUGUUUUCCACACUGACCUGCUGAAAGCAACGUUAACACUAAGAAAAAGAGAAUUACGAUGUUGCAUAAUAGUGUGUCAAACUGUUGAGAGAAGACGGUGGAAAGCACAUGUGUAUUUCCUUCUUUUUUAGGAUAUAUCGAGCUGUUGUGUGCAGUUACUUCUCCAAAGUGUGUUUCUAUCUUGCUUACUAGCUCAAAACUCCUUAUGAACAAUCAAACUUACAAAUCGAGCAAUCAUCCAUAACCCUGACCAUGAUAUGAGCCUGGUUUGGCACCUUUUCCGUGUAUAUGUGUGCACAAUUAGUUGCUUAGUGGUUGUUUUGCUGUUUUGUUUUUAAAGGAGAGGGUGGUCUGUUAUGUGAGAUGACUAUUAAAGUGUGUGUGUGUGUAUGUAUAU